AUGGAGUCCACGGAACCGAACGCACAUCACAAAAAGACACUUCAUUCGAAGCGGUCGUUUGGCAAGUACCCUCAUAAAAUCGAUUCACCAGCUUAUGAUGCUUCUGAAGAGGACAACGACCCACUCACUGACGAUGCCGCUUCUGCACUCUCCAUCCCUGCUCCAUCUCGGAAUCAUUCAGCAAAUACGUCUCAACCUCGAGCUUCAAGUGCUGCUGCAUCUCAAAGCAACGCCGUCCCUUCUGCAGCGAAAUCUCGUCUAAAACACUAUCUCGCAUCUUCCGCGGUCCUAUCAGAUGACGGUGUAGACUCCCCUACCUACGAUGGUGACAUCGAGAGCAGCACGACAGCUGGGCCGGACCGCGAGAACUCCAAAGCAGCGUCUGCUGUCGCCGUAUCUCAUAUUCGCUCUUCCUCAACUUCGACCCUCACCUCACCUGUCUCAGUCUUCCAUGCGCUCCCUGAUGAUGCAAGUGGUUCACCAUUCCACGCGGGUCCGACGAUUGUCACCGCUUUCGCGCCAUCAACAGCCUCGUCAUCCGACGUCGAGCCUGUCACUGUCACUGUAACAAGACGCCAUGCGAUCAAUACAACUCCGUCUGAGCCAGAACCAGUCGCUGCCGCUCAAGAGGCCUUUGAUCCUGCAGCUCUCGCUGCAGAUGAUAUUCAGUCAUUUGUGCGUCAGGCUAUCGACGGGGAACUGCAUCGCAAAUACAAGAUCAACGAGCCGCCGGUGGGUCGGCCUGUGAGAGUCUAUGCUGAUGGCGUUUAUGAUCUAUUCCACUUCGGUCAUGCACUGCAAUUGCGUCAAGCCAAGCUGUCCUUCCCAGAUGUCUACCUCCUAGUCGGCGUCUGCUCAGAUGAACUAGUGAAGGAGCACAAGUUCAGCUGCGUAAUGAGCCAUGCCGAACGGUGCGAGGCUGCGCGGCACUGCCGCUGGGUCGAUGAAGUUGUCCCCGAGGCCCCCUGGGUAAUCGAUGCGGAGUUCGUCGAGAGAUACCAGAUCGAUUAUGUUGCCCACGACGAGGACCCGUACGUCAGUGCAGGCCACGAAGACGUCUAUGAUUUCGUGAAGCGCCUAGGCAGAUUCAUUCCCACCCGACGAACGCCGGGCGUAUCAACAUCCUCACUGCUUGAGCGCAUCGUCAAGGGCUACCGCAAACGGGACUUUGACAAAAAGCUUGAGAAUAUGGGUCAUGCAGAACUCAUGGCACAAGGAUCGGAUUACGAGGAAAAGGGUACUGGCCCUUGA